AUGGCGUUCAACAACUCAUUCACGAGUGGUGCCGAUACCAUACUCAUGUUUGGCAGCUAUUACCAGACAAUCGCCGCCAUGGAGACUGAUAUCGCCGAACACCGCAAGCUGCUGCAACCCGACGAGAUAGCUUUCGUUCGUGGGGCUUCGCUCUACGAUGACUCUGGUAUCGCAGGCAUCUGCCAGACUAGGCUGAACCUGGGCCUCGACUAUUACUACGCCGUCAAACACCAGAUUACGUCCCUCCAAAGAGCCUGGGACGCCAUCCUUGACGAGAAGCGACGCUAUGACGCCGUUGGAUGGCCGGGGAGGAGUCGUGGAUUCAUGGAGUCGUUCCACCUCUGCUCGUACUUGAUCCCGCAACGAGUCAGCAUCGGAUUCCCAGGCCCUCACGUUGACAUCCCUCCACUGGACACUAUGAAUGAUAACGGGCAAGCCUGUCAGUCACGCUCCUACAGUUGUGAGACGUCUACGAUCGUUGCUUCGCCAGCGCAGUGGGCCGACCAUGUAAUACCAAGCAUAGAGGGUGACGGCGGAGCACAAUUCUCUGCCAGUGACGACGCGUACUCGGAAGCUCUCGCAUUGUCAGCAACCGUUACUGAGGGGAGCUUUGAGGACCUCGGUAGACAAGACAACGAAGCCAAUGUCAUCUCCAUCUCCAGCGGCGACGACGAUGAUGACAGGUACAGCGUCUAUAGCCCGUAUUUCGAUCAGAGCGAAGACAGCCAGGUGUUCCAAACCCCUGCUGAGACAAAGGAUAGUGUCGGUUCGACUGCCGUUUUCGGAACCCUCGGGGGUUAUGCGCCCGAGGACACGACCGAUGCACUGCUGGAGACGCUCUUGACCAACCUCCCAGAAACACCGCAGCCGAGGCCAGAGAUGUUUCAAGACGCGGGAAGCACCAGCCAGCGACAGCCGACGAGGAAGGGCAAGCCCCUGAGCCUCGAGUUGAAGGGUAUGCCGUCAACGAAACGGAAGUUCUCGGCGGUGCGAGGAAAUGAGCACAGGCAAUCACACGAGAUCGGCUACGGAGGGAAGCGGCACCGGGCACUUUGA